GAAAAUGUUGGUUGGACGGACGGAGGGGCGAGAGGGCAAACAGCAGACGACACGUUCCAAUUUUUACUUGACUUUUUACUAUCUUGGCUAGCAAUAUUAUUUUACUUAGAACUAGGUCCUGUAUUCCUUCAAAAUGGGCGUAAUGCUUUCAGCUAGUUACAACCGUAUUGUACAUCCAGAUGUAACUCCAGAAUUUAAUGCGGCGUCAAAGUUUGAUCCACUGUAUGGAUUCCGUGAUGGAAGAGAGGAAAAAGUUAUGAUAGCUACACAAGAAGAAAUGGAUAGCUUAAAAAUGCCCAUGAAAUACAGGGACUAUUGUGCACACAAAUAUAUUGAAUUCCAAAGAUGCAGGAAAGCCAAUUUUCCAUGGGUUGCUGCCUGCGAGCAUGAAAAGCACGAAUACCAUGACUGUGAAUAUGCUGAAUACAUUGAUCGGAUGAAGGAUUAUGAGAGAGAACGACGUCUGAUGGAAAGAGCAAAGAGAAUUGCGAAAAAAGCCGAAGCAGCUUGAGCAAAAGAUUCUUCAUCACCAUUUACUUUUGUAGCUAAGAGGAACCAUCUCUCUAUGUAAAUACUGAUAAUUUGUAGAUUUCAAAAUAAAGAUUGCUGUUAACUAUUACAAAA